UGCAUAUAAACAAGUUCCAAACAACAACAUUCGGAUUAUCGGUCUACCGAGCAAUAUCACCCGCUCGGGGGAACAUCUUCCUUUCGUCGUUAUACCUACACCCUACUCGUAUUUAAUUAUUUUAAUAAUCUGUGAGGGGGGCUUUGUUUUAUUGGAGAAGAAAAAUACUUUUUUGGCGGGAAUGCGAAGAGUGAAGUUGUAUGAAUUGUUUAGUUUUGUCUAUUUAGUGUUUCUUCAGGUUUAAAUUUGUAACAACGGUGGUUUAUUAACUGUUUAAUAUCUGUUUAACUGUUGUGAAAGUGCACAAAUGUGGGAAAAUGAAACAAAGCCGCUGGUCGUAGCUUCUCGGGAUCCUUCAAAAAGUCUAAUUUUUUUUUCCUACCUAAGCUGGUAGCCUUGAGAGGCUAUUCCAGCGUAACCUUAACUAGUAGGUGAACUCACGGGGCUCAAACCUAACGACGUUGCUAACACCAACCCUAGCAAGAGCCGUGCUUCGCAGAAUCUACCACCGGAUCGGAAACGCGACCCACUGAGAAGAUCCGGCGAGAAACUCAGUCGCCUAUGUCUGUGGGUCAAAAAGUCUCAGUAAAUAUAACCACCAUAUUACUGAGAUUAUAUUUUAUCCCAUAUCAUCUUAUCUCAUUUCAUUUCAUUUUAUUUCGUGACAAUUGAUUAAUGUUCCAAAUUAAUCAACUUCAUUUCAUUUCACUUCAUAUCAUUUUGAUUAAAAAAUUAUAAAAGAUUAAGUUGUAUGCUACGAAUAAAUAAUAACUUAUCAGUUAUUCGUAGGUUGUAUGAUAUGAUUUAUACCUUUGCCUAUCCAGCUAGAAAAAUAAAACUACUACUACUCUACUACUGGAGAAGAAAAAAAAUCGGUACCGUACCAUAACCUAACAUGUUUCUAAAUUGUAACUGACUGGAUUACAGGAACUGAUUCUAACUUAUAAAGUAAAUCUUAAUGGUAGUUAUUAUACGUUAUUUGAUUAAUCGUCACUUAUAAUAUAACACCACAAAGUUUUAUCUUAUUGUGAUUAAGCUAUUGGUUAAAUCCCUGUAAAUGAAUAUUUGUAAAUAAACAAAAUGACUACAAAUCCAAGAAAAGGCACUGAUCCAGUGCCUGCGGAGGAAAGCGAUCAAUUGACAAUAAGACCACUUGGAGCUGGCCAAGAAGUUGGCAGAUCAUGCAUCAUGUUGGAGUUCAAAGGGAAAAAGAUAAUGUUGGACUGUGGCAUCCAUCCUGGUUUGUCUGGAAUGGACGCCCUACCCUUCAUAGACCUUAUAGAGGCAGACGAAGUGGAUCUUCUGUUAGUUUCACAUUUUCAUUUGGACCACAGUGGAGCCCUUCCGUGGUUCCUGACGAAGACUUCCUUCAAAGGUCGAGUUUUCAUGACACAUGCCACUAAGGCUAUCUACAGAUGGCUCGUUUCUGAUUAUAUUAAAGUUAGCAACAUAUCAACAGAACAAAUGUUGUAUACGGAAUCGGAUCUAGAAAAUUCAAUGGACAGAAUAGAAACUAUAAACUUCCAUGAAGAAAGAGAUGUACGGGGUGUCAAAUUUUGGGCUUACAAUGCUGGACAUGUACUCGGAGCAGCCAUGUUUAUGAUUGAAAUAGCUGGAGUCAAGAUAUUAUACACGGGAGAUUUUUCAAGACAAGAGGAUAGACAUUUGAUGGCUGCAGAGAUACCGACGGUUCAUCCUGAUGUUUUGAUUACUGAGUCCACGUACGGCACGCACAUCCACGAGAAGCGCGAGGAGCGGGAGAGUCGCUUCACGGGGCUGGUCAGCGACAUCGUGGGGCGCGGCGGCCGCUGCCUCAUCCCCGUGUUCGCGCUGGGCCGCGCGCAGGAGCUGCUGCUCAUACUCGACGAGUACUGGUCGCUGCACCCCGAGCUGCAAGACAUUCCCAUAUACUACGCGUCCUCACUGGCCAAGAAGUGCAUGGCGGUGUACCAGACCUAUGUUAACGCGAUGAACGACCGCAUCCGGCGCCAGAUCGCUAUCAACAACCCCUUCGUGUUUAGACACAUCUCCAACCUGAAGGGCAUAGACCACUUUGAGGACAUAGGGCCGUGCGUGAUCAUGGCGUCCCCGGGCAUGAUGCAGUCGGGACUGUCUCGGGAGCUGUUCGAGUCCUGGUGCACCGACCCUAAGAACGGAGUCAUCAUAGCGGGUUACUGCGUGGAGGGGACGCUGGCGAAGACGAUCCUGUCGGAGCCGGACGAGAUUACGACCAUGUCCGGCCAGAAGUUGCCGCUGCGGAUGUCCGUGGACUACAUCUCGUUCUCGGCGCACACCGACUACCAGCAGACCUCGGAGUUCAUCAACAUCCUGAAGCCGCCGCACGUGGUGCUGGUGCACGGCGAGCAGAACGAGAUGUCCCGGCUGCGCGCGGCGCUGGAGCGGGAGCACCGCGGCGCCAUCCUCGUGCACACGCCGCGCAACACGCAGCCCCUCGCGCUCUGCUUCCGCGGAGACACCACCGCCAAGGUGAUGGGCUCCCUGGCGGUAGACCCUCCCAAGGAAGGUCAGGAGCUGCAGGGCAUCCUCGUCAAAAGAAACUUCAAUUAUCACAUUCUGGCGCCCGCAGACCUCAACAAGUACACGGAGCUGGUCCAGUCGGAGGUGACGCAGCGGCAGUCGCUGCAGUACGCGGGCUCGGUCCCGCUGCUGCGCCACGUGCUCAUGCAGCUCGCCGGACACAUCGACUUCCUCUCGGAGACCAGGUGGCGCCUCUACUCCUGCAUCGAGCUCACCAUCGAGAGCAGCACCAUAGUGCUCGAAUGGCGCGCCGGGCCCGUGGCCGACAUGUACGCCGACGCGCUGGUGGGCGCCGCGCUGUCCGCCGCCGCGCUCGCCGCGCCCGCCGCCACGCACCCGCCGCUCGCGCCCAAGCUCGACCGCAUGCACUUCAAGGAGUGCGUUAUAGAAAUGUUCCAAGACAUGUUCGGUGAAGACUCCGUGCCGAAGAUGUUUAAGGGCGACAAGCUGUACGUCACCGUCGACGACAAGCGCGCCGACAUCGACCUGCAGAGCAUGGAGGUCCGGUGUCCCGAGGAGCCGUCGCUGGCGUCGUGCGUAAGGUCGGCGCUGCAGCACCUGCACGCCGCGUUGUCCCCCGUGCGCCCGCCCCCCGGCGCCCCGCCCCCCGCCGACUCGUGACGCACUCGUGUAUCUAAACGUUUCUCAAUAAACAUACAAUUGAUUGUGAUAAACUACUAA